AUGCUCUCUAUCCGGUUCCUUAUGAUGGCACUCGCAGCGAGUGGCCUGCCUUCUAUUCUCGCCAAGUCAACCUUGUCGGCCUAUCCCGAUGACCUGACUGUCGCCACCGAUACGGGCACCUACACGGGCCUCCGCAACGAGAACUACGCCGGAGUCCGGGAGUUCCGCAACAUCCCAUUCGCUCAACAGCCCGUGGGAAAGCUCCGAUGGCAGCCCCCAGUUGCUCUGCCUCGCUCAGAUGCGCAUCAUUUCUCCACCCGCUUCCCGCCCUCUUGCCCCCAGUUCGUAUCCAAGUCCAAGUCGCUCUGGAACCAGUUCCUCCCGUCGCUCAUGAUCAAUAACGGUGAAGGCGGGAACCAGACCCAUCAAGUUGCCCAGACUAGUUCGGAGGAUUGCUUGAGCCUGGCUGUAUGGACGCCGUAUGGAGUCAAGCAGAACGCAAAGCUUCCAGUCCUCUUCUUCAUGACUGGUGGAGGGUUCCAGUCCGGAGGCAUAGAAAUCCCCAGCCAGUUGCCCGCGCAGUGGAUAGACCGCACCCAAUCCCACAUCGUAGUUACCAUCAACUAUCGAGUCAACAUAUUCGGCUUCCCCAACGCUGCUGCCCUUAAACAUCCCAACCUCGGUAUCCUAGAUCAGCGCAUGGCGCUCGAGUGGGUGGCUGCCAACAUCCGCAGGUUCGGCGGCGACCCCAAGGCCAUCACCCUCUGGGGCCAGUCCGCCGGCGCAGAGUCGACUGAUUAUCUCUUGUUCUCCCACUGGGAUGACCCAAUCGCACAUGCUGCCUUCAUUCAGUCCGGCACGGCGCUUGUGCCCCUGAAGAGCGCCGACUACGAGCACGCAAACUUCACCUACGUGGCUAAGAACGUGGGCUGCGACUUUCCCAAUGACGCCGCUGCCGAGCUCAGCUGCAUGCAACAGGUCCCUUAUCCGCAGUUGGUCAACUUCAUUAACACGCACGUCUCCGCGAAAAAGAUCAUAUUCGGGCCCAUCGCGGAUGAGAAAAUCUGCUUCUCCAACUACACGCAGCGCGCCGCUCAGGGCAAAAUGGCCCGUAUCCCUGCCAUCAUCUCCAACUGCGCCAAGGAGACGGCCAGUCUGAACGGAUGGCCCGACGACCCAGCCGCUGGCCCGGACCCGGCAAAGAUCCUCAGCGGCACGCUCACGACGUGGGUCUGCACGACGGCAGCGACAUGCAAGCUCCGCGACGCCCUCAACGCACCGACGUACCGCUACCAGUUCGCCGGAAACUUCUCCAACCUGAGCCCGUUGCCCUGGAUGGGCGCCUUCCAUGCCUCCGACCUGUUCAUGAACUUUGGCACCUACGAGCUCCCCGGAGAUGCGACGGAACACGAGGCCGCCGUCAGCCGGGCAAUGCAGGACCACAUCCUAGCAUUUGCACGUAGUCCGCAUCAUGGUGCGAAGAGCAUGGGUUGGGCGCCGUACCAUUACGGUUCAAACGUGAUUCGGUUUGGUGGGAGUGAUGGAAAGGUCACUCAGAAUGUUAGCGGGUACGAGAUUGAUGGUCCUUGCUAUGGAAAUGGAACUUAUGAUCUAUCCCCAUGA